AUGGAGCUAAUUCAAUCUUCCUUGGUAUUCACUGUCUUUAUAACUCUUCUUAUAAUAACAGCAAAUCCAUCGGCUGGUAGAUCUUUAUUAAAACGACAACAAUCCACACAAAUAAAUGAACGUAUUGAUUGUUAUCCUGAACUUACAUCACCAUUUGCAAAUUAUUCAAAACGAUCAUGUUUAGCUCGAAAUUGUUUAUUUGAUGAUGAAGCAGGUCCAGGUGUUAUACAAUGUUAUUUAUCACCAAAUUAUGGUUAUAUAUUACAAGGUUCUGCUGAAUCAAUAACUAAUGGUUUACGAUUAAAAUUAAAACGAAAUUCAGCAAUAGGUAGUAUGUUUCAACAACCUAUUGAAAAUGUUUUACUUGAUGUUCAAUAUUAUACAACUGAUAUUAUCAGAUUUAAAUUAUAUGAUGCUGAUAAUAAACGAUAUGAAGUGCCGAUACCAUUAACACCAUCUUCGAAUCAAGUUUCAUCACCACAAUAUGAAUUUAGUUAUUCAUCAGAUAGUUCACGUGAUAAUAUUCUUUCAUUUUUCAUAAAACGUCGAACUAAUAAAACAGUUUUAUUUGAUACAUCACUUGGUGGUCUAGUUUUAAAUAAUCAAUUUCUUCAAAUCGUUACUCGACUUCAAUCACCACAUGUUUAUGGUUUUGGUGAAAAUAAUCAUGAUACACUUAAACAUAAUGUUCAAGAAAGAAAAUCAUGGGGGAUAUUUGCUCGUGGACAAGGAACAAAUUUGGAAACAAAUUCCAAUCAUUAUGGUUCUCAUCCAUUUUAUCUUGUCAUGGAACAAAUAGGAAGUUCAAAUGAAGCUCCAUCUGGUCGUAUGCAUGGUGUUCUUUUACUUAAUUCUAAUGCAAUGGAUUAUACUUUUGAACCAACACCAUCAUUAACAAUUCGAACUAUCGGUGGCAUUUUAGAUUUUUUUGUUUUUCUUGGUCCAACACCAGAACAAGUUAUUCAACAAUAUACAUGGCUUAUUGGUCGCACAAUAUUACCACCCUAUUGGUCAUUGGGUUUUCAACUUUCACGUUGGGAUUAUUCAAAUAUAACUCAUAUGAAAAAUAUUGUUGAACGAAAUCGUGAUGCUGGUAUUCCACUUGAUGUUCAAUAUGCUGAUAUUGAUUAUAUGGAUGCGGCAAAAGAUUUUACUAUUGAUACAAAAAACUUUCAAGGUUUAAAAGAAUAUUUUACUCAAUUAAAUAAUGAAGGAGUACAAACAGUUAUUAUUUUGGAUCCUAGUACAAUUGAUGAUCAAAAAUAUUAUGCACCAACAAUUGAAGGAAUAAAAGAAGAUGUUUUUAUUAAGUGGGAUGAUAGAAAAACAUUAAUGAAAGGGUCAUGUUGGCCAGGUGAUGUCUUUUUUCCAGAUUUCUUUACUAAACGAGCACAGGAUUGGUGGUCAAGAUGGAUUAAAGAUUUUCGUCGUGUGAAUCUAACCUUUGAUGGACUUUGGAUUGAUAUGAAUGAACCUAUUUUAUUCAAUACAAAUGAAGCAAUUCCAUGGAAUUGGAUGUAUACGAACAGUAAUUAUACAUUGAAAUGUCCUGAAAAUGAAUGGGAUGAUCCACCUUAUCGUACUAAAGCUGUCUAUCGAUGGGAUUCUACAAUGACUCGAGCUAGUCGUUUAUCUGAUCAAACUUUAUGUAUGUCAGCUCCACAAGGUGAAAUUGAUUCACAAACAAAUCAACCAAAAUAUCGUCAUUAUGAUGUUCAUAAUCUUUAUGGAUGGAGUGAAACAAAACCAACAUUAGAUGCUAUACGAGAAGCUACUGGUAAACGAAGUUUAGUUUUACCACGUUCAACAUUUGUUGGUUCGGGUCAAUGGUCUGGUCAUUGGCUUGGUGAUAAUGAAGCAACAUGGCAUGAAAUGAAAAGAUCUUUAAUUGGAAUAGUAGAAUUUAAUUGGUUUGGAAUAUCACUUAUUGGUGCAGAUAUUUGUGGAUUUGAUAAAACACCAACAGAAGAAAUGUGUAUUCGGUGGAUGCAAGUCGGAGCAUUUUAUCCAUUUUCUCGAAAUCAUAAUAUAUGGAAAACACCUGAUCAAGAUCCAGCUGCUUGGUCAUCAUCUGCUCUUUCCAUAAUGAUUUCCCUACUUCGUAUUCGUUAUACACUUCUUCCAUAUUAUUAUACAUUAUUUUAUAAAUCACAUACAACAGGUUCAACUGUAAUUCGACCUUUAUUUCAUGAAUAUCCAACAGAUAAAACAACAUUAGAUAUUUUCCUACAAUUUCUUAUUGGACCAAAUAUAAUGAUAGCUCCAGUGACAGAUGAUGGUGCAAGACAAGUUCAAGUUUAUAUUCCAUCAUCACAUUGGUAUAAUUAUUAUUCUGGUGUACGAAUUCUAUAUGAAAAACAAUUUAUUACAUUAUUAGCACCAUUAGAUACAAUUCCCAUACUAUUACGAGGUGGAGCUAUUAUUCCAACACAAGAAUUUGCAAAUAAUACAAAAUUAUCAAGAGAAAAACCAUUUGGUUUAAUAAUUGUUCUAAAUUCUAAUGGUAAUGCUCAAGGUGAUCUUUUUUAUGAUGAUGGUGAAUCUAUUGAUACCAUUGGAUCAAAAUCUUAUUAUUAUUCAACAUAUAAAUGGUCAAUAUCAGAAAAACGAUUAAUAAUAAAUGUUAUUGAAAAUAAUUAUUCACAAAUGUCGAAUUUAAUUUUAGAUACAUUAACGAUCUAUGGAUUAGAGAAUAUUCCUAUGAUAAUUAAUGUGAAUAAUAAAAAAUUUUAUCCAAAAAUAAGACCAAAUACACAAAUUGUUGAUGUCAAUGGAUUAGGUUUAUCGAUGAGUCAAAAUUAUAUGUUAACAUGGACAACGACAGAAACACCGAUUGUUAAACCACCACAAGCUCUUCUAACAGAACCUAAAUAUCGAGUAGAUUGUCAUCCCGAUCCAGAUGUUACAAGUAAUACCUGUCUUGCUCGUGGAUGUAUUUGGGAUAUUCCAAUGAUAUCUGGUUUUCCUUCUUGUUAUAUUCCAAAAGAAAAGGGUGGUUAUAGUCAAAUUGAUUCAGUACAACAAUUAACCGAUGCUAUUACAUAUUAUUCAUUAUCACGUUUAUCAACAAAACCUCUUCUCAAUCGAGCAAAUAUCAAUUAUCGUAUUGAUUCUCGUCAAUCAAUGUCUAAUGUAAAACAACUUGCAACAACUCGAUCAAAUGAAUUUUCUAUCUAUGGUAAUGAUAUUGAUCAUUUAAAUAUUCAAGUUAGUGUAUCAGGUACUGAUAUGAUACGUUUAACAAUUCGUGAUGCUAAUAAACAACGUUAUGAAGUUCCUGUACCUAUUCAAUGGCAAGCAUCAUUACCAUCAUCAUCUGUUCAAACAAAACUUAAAUUUGAAAUGACAAAAACAAGUAAUAAUCAAGCUGGUUUUCGUGUAAAACGUACCGAUACACAAUCAAUUAUAUUUGAUACAUCAUAUUUUGCUGAAGGUUUUAUUUAUGAUGAUAAAUAUAUUCAAUUUAUUACAACAAUUCCAUCAAGAAAUAUAUAUGGUUUUGGUGAAAAUACACAUCCAACAUUUCGACAUAUUCUUAAUAAUUCAUCUCGUUAUGGAAUAUUUGCUCGUGAUCAACCACCACAAGGAAAAAAUGAAAAUUUAUAUGGUACACAUCCAUUUUAUAUUUCAAUUGAAGAAAAUGGACAAACAUUUGGUGUUUUAAUAUUUAAUUCAAAUGCACAAGAUUAUAAAUUUGAUGAAUUUGAAGAUAAUCAAUCAAUGUUGACAUAUCGAACACUUGGAGGAAUUUUAGAUAUAUUCUUUUUUGCUGGACCACGUCCAGAAGAUGUUAUUCGACAAUAUCAAAUUAUUAUUGGUAAUCCUUAUAUGCCACCAUAUUGGGCAUUAGGUUUUCAAUUAUGUCGUUAUGGUUAUGAUACACUUGAUAAUAUGAAAGCAGCAAUGCAAAGAACUUUAGAUGGACAUAUUCCACUUGAUGUUAUGUAUGGAGAUAUUGAUUAUUUUCAUAAACAAUUAGAUUUUACUUGGGAUCCAGUUCGUUUUCAAGGUUUACCAGAAUAUGUGGAUCGAUUACAUAUACAAGGAAUGAAAUUUAUAACAAUUCUUGAUCCAGCUAUUGAUUCUGAAGAACCAAAUUAUGAUGUUUUUAUUGAAGGAGAAAAGGCAGAUAUUUGGAUAAAAUGGCCAGAAAAUAGAAAUCUUCAAUUUAAUGAAACAAAAAAUAGAAAUAUGGUUGGAUAUGUUUGGCUUAUUGGUAAGACAGUAUUUCCUGAUUAUUUCUAUCCUCCAGCUAAAGAAUGGUGGAAAAAUCAAAUAUUAAAGUAUCAUAAACAACUUAAAUUUGAUGGUUUAUGGAUUGAUAUGAAUGAACCAGCAAAUUUCGAUACAAAUAAAUUACAACCAUGGAAUUGGCCUCGUCCUGAUCCAUGGAAUCUUCAUUGUCCACUUGAUGAACUAUUAGAAUCGCCACAAUAUAAAACAGCUAUAUAUGGUGAUUAUUUAUCAGAUAAAACUCUUUGUAUGAUUGGUGAACAAAAUGAUGGUCAAGGAAAAAUUUAUAAACAUUAUGAUGUACAUAAUUUAUAUGGAUGGUCAGAAACAAUUGCAACAUUACCAGCAGCACAUGCAACAGAAAAUAAACGUUCAAUAAUCAUAAGUCGUUCAACAUUUCCUACAUCAGGAACUUAUGCUGGUCAUUGGUUAGGUGAUAAUACAGCAGCAUGGUCACAUAUAAAAUAUAAUAUUAUUGGAAUGCUUGAAUUUAAUUUAUUUGGUAUACCAUAUGUUGGUGCGGAUAUUUGUGGUUUUGAAGGAAAUACAACAGAAGAAAUGUGUCAACGUUGGAUGCAAUUAGGUGCAUUUAAUCCAUUUUUUCGUAAUCAUAAUGGAAUAAGAUUUGCUGAUCAAGAUCCAGGAAAUUUUCCACCAGAAAUUAUUGAUUCAAAUCGUCAUGUAGUUGAAACACGUUAUACAUUAAUUCCAUAUUUAUAUACACUUUUUCAUCGUGUACAUAUUUCUGGUGGAACCAUUGUUCGUUCAAUGGCACAUGAAUUUCCAACUGAUCCGUUAUGUUGGCCAUUAGACGAACAAUUUUUAUGGGGUUCACAUUUAUUAAUUGCUCCGGUUAUUUAUGAAGGUCAUAUAACAAAAAAUGUUUAUUUACCAUCAAGUGAACGUUGGUUUAAUUAUUAUACUGGUGAAGAAAUAAUAACAUUAGGUGAAAUUACUGUACAAGCACCACGAGAUUAUUUGCCAUUAUAUUUACGUGGUGGUUCUAUUCUACCUCAUCAACAAUCAGGAAUGAAUACAGUUCUAGCACGUAAAAAACUAUUUUAUCUAUAUGUUGCUCUUGAUAAACAACAAAAAGCACAGGGAGAUUUAUACUGGGAUGAUGGAGAAUCAAUUAAUACAUAUCAAAGAUUAGAUUAUAAUUAUUUUCGAUUUAAUUAUGAUGCACAACAUUUAAUACUUGAACCAUGGACAUAUAAAUAUCCUGAAAUGAAUAAUAAAUUAGAAGAAAUUUCAAUAUUUGGUGUGAUAAAACAACCAACGACAAUUCUUUGGAAUAGACAAGAAUUAUCGAAAGACAAAUGGACAUUCGAUACAAAUACAAAAGUUUUGAAAAUGAAAACAUUAGCUUUAGAUUUAUCUCAAAUACAUAGAUUCGUAUUCCUAUGA